AUGGUAGGUAAAACCGUCCACCUUGUUCUGGGUGUGGACCAGCGGUCGCUGGCGGCACUCUCCGAGUGCAACUACUCUCCCUACUUCGGUCUUGGUAAGGCUCGUUUUUACGAGGCCACAUCCAAGAGCGCAGCUGAGGCGAGUGGGGGUGCUUCGGGAGGGGCUGCUAGAAAGGCAACGAAGUCCACGUCCGGAGCAGUGCCUCCUGAAAAGGCAAAGGCAAAGGUAGGGAAGCAGGGCCAGGAGACUGAAGCGGCUGGCGCUGCUCAGGAAACUGGCACUGCUCCCAUACCUCCAAAGAUUGUGGUCGUUCCGCCUCCACCUUCUCCAGCUGAGGAUCCUGCCGGGUCCCUCGGUCGUGGGGAGAGGGAUGGGAAACGUCACAAUUUGCUUUGGACCUCGAUAGUAGGACCAAUCAUCAAGCCGUCUCGCCUGACAGUGAGCGGGACUUCUGAUGAGGAAAAGACCAUGCCUCCGGCAAGAUCUUGCUCCAGAGGGCCCACAAAGGCGAAGGCGGUUGCCAAAGAGGGCCUGUCAGGGACUAAGCAGAGGUCGUUUGAUAAUACACCCUUCGAAGCUAUCUGCGAAGCAGCGGAACACUUUGGAAUAGAGGAAUCUAUCACAGAAUGGGCCGACAAUAUGCUUCGCUCGAGAAUAGUGACAACCGAACUUAGUGACACUAAGGUACGGGCCCGUGUUAGAAGAGGCUGUCCGCAAGGAGGCGUGACUUCUCCUCUCAUGUGGCUAUUAGUCAUUAACGAGCUCCUAGUAAGGCUGGAGAAGCUAGGAGUACACGCAGUGGGCUACGUGGAUGACGUUGCUUUGAUGAUCAGAGGUAGUAGCUCAGUAGAGAUAAGAUGGAGGAUGCAAAGAGCACUCGAUCUUGUACAGAAUUGGUGCACCGACAGAUUUCUGAAGGUUAACUCUAACAAGACAGAGAUGGUGCUCUUCACCAAAAAGAGGAAGCAUAAGUUAAAUGCGCCUUCAAUUUUCGACACUGAGCUGAAGUUUUUAACAGAGAUACGCUAUCUUGGAGUAACUCUGGACAAUAAGCUCACGUGGAGAAGCCAUAUCGGGAAACAAGCUCAAAAAGCCACUGCCACUUUUUGGGCCUGUAGAAGGAUAUUUGGCACAACGUGGGGUCUAAAACCAAAACUAGUUAAGUGGAUUUACAUGGCUAUUUUGAUACCCCAAUUAACCUUUGCCUCUGUCAUUUGGUGGCCCGCAAUACGGAGGGACGUCAAUAUCAAAGCAUUAAAUAAGGUCUACCGACUUGCUUUGCUAGGCAUAAUAGGAGAGUUUAAAACAACUCCUACCCUAGCUAUGGGGGCACUCCUGAAUGUAGUUCUUCCAAACAUAACUGUAGAAUCUCUGGCUGUGAAAACGUCUUUGAGACUGCAUUUUGUUGAGUUGUGGUCGAAGGCUAGGACGGGACAUGCGUCCAUCCUACGGAACAGAGAUCUCGAAGAGGUCCUGGCCCAAGGAGGGGACUAUGGCUCUUGUAGCUACCACUUCCGACACAAAUACAAAGUUCUCUUUCCAAACAGGCAGGAAUGGGAAGUAGGGAGCGAAGAAAUCCUAUCACCCCAAGGGCUAGUCUGGUUUACGGACGGGUCCAAAAGGGUAGAGGGAGCAGGCGCAGGAAUUUAUACCGGCGGACCCGAAACUGAGAUCUCCCUCAGACUGGGACACACUGCCUCUAUUUUUCAGGCAGAAGUAUAUGCGAUCUGGGCCUGUGUAAAGCACAUUUUAGAGCUAAAUCACAGGAACAAACACAUAUACAUAUGCAGGGACAGCGGUGCAGCUCUCAAGUCACUCACAUCUGUCGUGGUGACUUCAAAGCUUGUACCGGGUCAUAGCGGUAUUAAAGGGAAUAACAUAGCAAAUGAAUUGGCAAGGUCAGGGGCCUGCGAAACAGGCCCCGAGCCAGUCUGUUCAGUUCCGGUGCCUCUGUGCUUUAUAAGAAGCCACUUGGCUCAAUGGACCUGUGACAGGUUCUGGGACCUGUGGCUUGAGGCCGGAGGCAUGCAACAUACGAGGGCACUAGUUGAAGGACCAUCGAAGUCGCUUGGUACCAGUCUAGUAGAGCUUGAUAGAUCCAAACCGAGGAUUAUUGUCGGGCUCGUUACAGGGCACUGGUUUACCGGAAGGCAUCUGAAGCUCAUUGGCAUCACCGAUGACUCGGUAUGCCCCAGAUGCAAUUCAGAGGAUGAAACUCCUCUUCACCUGCUGAGCGAAUGCAGGGCCUUAGAGGAUGUAAGGAAAGUCAUCUUGGAAAUCUGUGAUAGUACUCGGCCUAACCUAUUGGAGGUUGGUAUGGGCAGAUUUCUGCGAUUCUCGAAAUCCAUAAAUCUGCCAAUCCAACUUGAAUAUAACGAGGAUUAA